GGCCUAACUUGCCGUUGUGCUAUCGCCAUGUUCCUUCAUUUGCCCUCAUCUCAAUGCAGUCUGCCAAAUUCCUGUGGUCUCCAUUGGCCUCGCAGUCGUGUGCCCCCUUUGGCUGAUCGAUUGUCUAUCAAAUUGCGGAGACUCCGAGUUCAACGGCAAGCUGUGGAUCGCAGGUUGCCGGGAUCUGUAAAUUUGCCCGUGCUAUUCGUUUCAGCUGCUGUUGCAAACCGCGUUUCCAACAGAGUUCUUUUGGCUCCUCUUUUGCACCAUACUUACUUCCUGGCACUAACGACUACUGUUGCUCAACUGGUUGUUUAUCUCACCUGGCUGAAGCGAAGAUGCCGGAAAGGACUGGUGCAAGACUUGAUGUGGUCUUUUGCAAAAAGAAAUCCUGCCCUGAUAACUGCCUUUGGUAUGUGCGAGGGCGCCUUUUUUCCAUUGGUUUUCUACUCAGCUGCUAGACUACCUGGGAGCCUGGUCCAGGUGCUGAAUCAAACAUUGAUACCAUCUACAGUUCUGCUCAGCUGUCUUUUCUUGCGGCGCCGAUAUGAUAUUCUGCAGAUCACAGGUGUCGCGGUUGUUCUUGCAGGCGUCGCAGCAUUCACAUCGUUUCCACGAACCUCUGGCUCUGUCGCAGUUGUUGCACUUUGCAUAGCUGCAUAUGGGCUUCAAGCUGGAGCAAUGGUGUUGAAAGAGGUGGUUUUCUCAAGAUAUCAAAAGAACCCAGCAGGCUCCUGCGCAGGACAUGCAAACGAUGGUAUCGGUGGAGAUCGUUGCCUGCCUUUUGAUCCUGCACUAUUCCUGACAGCAGGGACAGGUUGCCGCCUUCUUGUUCAGUUUUUGGCCUGGCCUGUUUUUCAACAACUCACGCAAGGUUUGAGUCUCAGGAGUUGUUUUGCAGCUGGUUUUCAAGCAAUGCAGCAACCUUCAGUUCUACCUCUGGUUGUGUUCUACAUUGCAGCAAAUGUGGCCUUGAGCAUCACCGCCCUGUUACUUGUGCAGAAGACUUCCGCUGCUGCCACCGUCCUGGCCAAUGUCGUGGCACUACCUUUGAGUGCCCUUGUUUUUUGCCUGCCGCUCCCACUGCUGGAGCAGCAGGCGUUUCAUUGGCAAUUUGCACUGAGUUUAGUGCUAAUUGUCCUUGGGAACUUGCUCUACAGUCACCGGUCUCUGAGAGAGUGAUAGCUUGAAGACGCUUCAAGGUGAACUGAAACAAGGUGUGCCAAAGUCGCCACUUGCACUGCGUUCACAUUCGAGGUCCUAAUAGUAGCUUGAUAACGGGACAGGUUGUGAUUGUGAUCCUAUUAUUGCUUCUGACAGCUAUGCUGCUUGCUGAAGG